AACAUAAAUACAUGUAAUGUUGAUUUGGCAGCAGCGGACGAGUUGAAGAUUCCCACGAUUUCGCUGUCAUUAUUUUCCACUUUAAAAAUCAUCGUUAUCCUCCGGAGAUAUUCUCUGAGUAUAUUCACAUGAUAGCAUGACCCUGUUUCAUCGAAGAUGACGAGUAACAACUCUUACCCGCUCCAUGAAUGUGUUUUUCGUGACAACUUGAAGCAACUUUCGAUUCUCCUUCGCUCGCACAAAUAUGACAUCGCACAGAAAGAUAUACACGGAAACUCCCCACUACAUCUUUCCGUCAUAUUGGGUCACAAAGAUUGUAUGCACCUGUUAUUGGCCCAUGGAGCACCUGUCAAAUCAAAGAACGUCCAUGGAUGGAAUCCACUGGCAGAAGCCAUCAGUUAUGGAGACAGAAACACAAUAUCCCUGUUGCUACGGAAACUGAAGCAGCAGUCGAGGGAGCUCCUGGAGCAGAGGAGACCCCAACUUCUUCAGCUCCUGACGGAUCUAGGAGACUUUUAUAUGGAGCUCCAUUGGGACUUUCAAAGCUGGGUACCUCUAGUAUCCCGAAUCCUCCCGUCCGACACCUGCCGCAUCUACAAGAAGGGCGCCCAGAUCCGCGUGGAUACCACCCUCGUAGAUUUCUCCGAGAUGAAAUGGCAGAAGGGUGACCUGACGUUCCUCUUUGACGGUACCGUGACCGCGGAGAAGUCGCUGGUGUUUCUCGAUAAUGAGAGUAAAGUCUACCAAAGAUUAUCUUAUGAGCAAUCAGAUGUUGAGCUAGAAGAAGAGGUUGACAUCCUGAUGAGCAGCGACAUCGUCACCGUCAACCUCUCCACCAAACCCAUCACCUUCAACCGAUCUCAAAGCGGCUGGUUGUUCAGGGGAGAUAAACGAGAGCUCGUCGGGAGCUUCUAUGCCGACUUCUACGACGUUGGAGGAGUCAUUAUAGAAUCAAGAAAAAGGAGAGAGCAUUUAUCAGACGAGGAUAUACAAAGGAAUAAAUCAGCAGUAGAGAGUAUAAGUAAAGGUUCCCCUUCCGUCGAUUGCUUCCCGACCCAAAGAAGACCUUCAUUACCUCGACCUCCUGAGUCAGUGAUGACAUGGGAGGAGUACAGCGGUGCUGAGAGAGGAAGAGCCUUAACCCUACUUGGGAGACCUCAGAUCAGCAAAGAGAUGAGAAAGAUGUUCAAAGCAACAGUUGCCAUGAGCGAAGACUUCCCUAUGGAGGUGACAGACUUACUGAACAUGCUUGAAGUGCUGACCUCCAUGAAGCACUUCAACAAGUUAAGAGACUUCGUCCAGAUGAAACUUCCACCAGGUUUUCCAAUUAAAAUAGAUGUUCCCGUCCUGCCAACGAUCACUGCCCGUGUAACCUUCCAAGCGUUUCAAUUCAGGGACAACAUCAACCCCGCCCAGUUCACCAUUCCAUCGGACUACCGCGAGAACUCCAGUAGAUUUCGUGACCUUUAGCCUUGCCGUGAUCGAGAACGACCUCAAGAGUUACCUGGCGAGCUGACCUCGGUAGGUGUCUGCCUGAGGGUUGGCUGCCGUAGCACCGAGUAUUAGUCUUUCCCCUGUGUGUUGCGUGUGAUUUAAAUCACCUACAUGUUUCUGCGCGCCUGUUUUGUCCAGUUUAGCAUAGAGUUUGGUGUGGAGAUAUGCAUGUAGAGGAAUUGGAUGAUGCUGCUUCCACAGGGUUUUGAGAUUCCUAUACUAUCUGUGUCUCCUGUGGAAAUAUUUCUGUGGCAUUAAUUUUUUACCACUUCUCUCAUGAUGUUGAGGAUGAUGCUUUCCAGUGAGACAUCGUGAGACAUCGCUUUAUACUAGCAGUGGCGUAGCUCCAGGGAGGCAUAGGGUUGGGGUGAAAGAAAGGAAGAGGGGAAAAUUCAAUGAGGAAAUGGGGAUAACACACCCUUCCACACUAUGCCCUUGUCUUCUUCCCCCGUCAUCCUCUUAAUAUCCCCCUCCCCCUCCCCUUCCCCCUCCCCUCCCCCUCCCAGCAUCCCACCCCCCACCAUCUGUCCCCCACCAUUAUGCCAAUGCCUGGACCCAUGCUACGCCAUUUGCUUAUUCAAACAUUAUUACCUCCAUAUUGGACUAUGAAACAGUGUAUGUUACUUGUAUAGGAGUAUUGGUGUCAUUGUAGUUUAUAUUCUCGUAGUUUCAGGGAAUCUGUUUAUGUUUGGAUCUCAACUGUAUUACACUUGUUCAUCUGUUUUGUAUAUGAAGCACCUUUACCCUCAAAAUGGUGAUCUGAUGUUAGAUUUCACAUGUUGAAUUUCUGUAAAAAAUUGAAUUGAAAAGUCUCUGACAAUUUAACCCAGUUCCAAUCACCCAAUAAUAAUUUGCUAUUUUAAAGGUAAUACAACGUUUUGGUAAUAUUUGAACAGGAUUGAAUUAUGAAAUUUAAAAUGUGCAUUACCAUUGUGAAACUUGGUGUUAGAAUAAGAAACUUUGAAAAAAUUUGGCUCUAAAAUGCUUAGGA